UUUGUCUACGAGGAAGGUAACCUGUGGUUGCAAAAGGAAGUCCCCAGAGUUACUGAGUGACGUGCUGCAGGCUGUAGAGCACCUGCAGCCAGACAGAGAGCAGGAGGCUGAAUGUGGAGGCCGGGGAAAGGUAGAGUCAGAAUGAGAGGGAAGUUGUUACUAUGAUACCUUUGCAAAGCUGCAUGGAACAAGUGCGGGAGAAGAAGAGUGAAAAAGACGGAACAGAUUGGGAAUGCAGGAUGGGAGCUGAGGAGGCGACAGAUUCAGGCUUCUUGAUGGAGGAGGAUGUUGAAGUUGAGUUAGACUCUGGGUAUUGCAUGAAUGCAAGCUCAGAGCUGAGUCUAGCAGGACAGAUAAGUCUAGGUUCAGAUGAGGAGGAGCAGCUGCACUGGUUUGUGAUUACAGAUUCUCUGUCUAAGGAGCAAAAAGACGGAAGAAUAAGCCCAGGAGGAGAUGGAGGGAGGCAAACUCAAGAGGAAGAUGAGAUUGAGGAUGAUUCAGUGUCAAUGAAGAAUGUAGACACUGAAGCUGAGAGAGGAGUAGAGAUAGAUGAGGAGGAUGGCAAGGAAGAAGGGACCAAGGAUGCAUUGGAGGUGUGUUUGCAACCGGUAGAGGAGAGAGGGGUUCAUGUACGGAUCUCUGUGGAGGAGGUGGAAAGAUACUACAAAUUUUCUCGCAGCUGCUACUGGUUGUGUGAUGACAUCAUGCAGCUGGACAGCAGCCCCCUCCACGCUGCUGACAUCACGCCUGACCUCAAGAAGCAGUUUGCCUUUCUUUCAGGGGGUCGAGGAGAUAAUGGCAGCCCCAUCAUCGUGUUCCCAGAAUUCCCUGCAUUUGGAGAGAUCUCAGACAGGGAGUUUCACAACGUGCUCACCUACCUGACGAGUGUGCCGAGUUUGUCAUCAACUGGCGUGGGUUUCAUCCUGGUCAUCGAUCGCCGGCAAGACCGAUGGGCAGCCGUCAAAGGGACCCUGCUUCGUAUUGCAGGCUCCUUCCCUGGGAACCUCCAGCUGGUUCUGGUUCUGAGGCCCACCACCCUCCUUCAGCGCACACUCUCCGACAUCCUCUUCAAGUUCAACAAGGAUGAGUUCAAGAUGAAGGUGCCGGUGAUUAUGCUGAGCUCAAUAACUGAGCUGCACUCCUACAUCGACCGAACCCAGCUGACUCAAGAACUCGGUGGGACGCAGGAGUACUGUCACGAGAAGUGGAUCUCUCAUCGCACCGCUAUUGAAGGCUUUGCACUGAUGGUAAAGAAAACAGCACAGACCCUGCAGUCUUUUGGGACCGAGCUGGCAGAAACUGAACUCCCCAAUGAAACCCAGGCAACAACCAACCUGCUGAGCAUACACAAAGACAAGAAAGACAAAAUGAAGGAGGAUCUGCUGGUGGCUCUGGGACAGGGCAGUAGGCUGCUGGAGAGCAUUAAUGAGCCUGUGGUGCGAAACCCAGACCACAACAUGAACCAGGAUGAAAUGGAGAACAUGGCUACAGUACAGAGGCUGCUGUCUCAGCUGGAUGAGACAGAAAGGGCUUUCGAUGAGUUCUGGGUGAGGCACCAGACCAAACUGGAACAGUGUCUCCAACUGCGCCACUUUGAGCACAACUACAGAGAGGUGAGGGCUCUGCUGGAUCAGGUGUCUGAGAAACUGGCAACCUUCUCUGAGGUGGGGAUCAGCCCAGCCCACGCUGACCAUAUCUUCAGUGAGCUCACCACCUAUGAGGAGAAAGUCAGUGAGGUGCUGGACAGAGCUUUGUCGUUGGCCUGUGAGGGUGAUGAACUGAUCCAGAACUCCCACUAUGCUGAGGACUCCAUUCAGCCCAAAUGCAGCGAGCUCAGAGCAGUCAGUGAGGAUGUGAGCAGCAAUUUGAAGGCCAAGAAGGACCACCUCCUCAAAGCCAUGGAGCUGCAUCACUGUUUGGACAGGGCUUCUAAGUGGUGUGAUGAUGGUAUAUACCUGCUGGCUUCUCAACCAGUAGACAAGUGUCAAUCACACGAGGGGGCAGAGAUAGCACUGCAGGAGCUGGAGCGUUACCUGGAUAAUGCAGGCCAGAACCGACUGACAGACCUCAACACCAUCUGGACAGAUUACGAGGCAGUGCUCAACCAGCAGCUCAGGGACCAAGUGGAGAAGGUUUUCCAGAAGCAGACGUCCAUGCAGGAGAUGUUUGAUAAGAGGAGGGUCAGCCUGAAGAAGCUAGCAGCCAAACAGACCAGGCCGGUGCAGCCAGUGGCCCCCAGACCCGAAGCCUUUAUCAAAUCUCCUCUCAGCUCACCUGCACACAGAGCACAGCAAGAGAAAAUUUGCUCUGAGGGAAACUCUGGAAACUGUGAGAAAGGAAAUGGAUUGCUGGAUGGAGACAGUAACAGCAGACAUGCCUCUCUGUCAGAGGAGGAGGAGAACCUGGCAGUGCUCAGGAGACAUGUUAUGAACGAGUUGCUGGAAACUGAGAGGGCCUACGUGGAGGAGCUGCUCUGUGUAUUACAGGGAUAUGCCUCUGAGAUGGAUAAUCCAGCAAUGGCCCACCUCAUCCCUACUCCUUUGCAGAACAAAAAGGAGGUUCUGUUUGGUAACAUGCCAGAAAUCUACCACUUCCACAAGAGGACAUUCCUGAGGGAGCUGGAGCAGUACACCGACUGCCCUGAGCUGGUUGGAAGGUGUUUUCUAGAGAGGAUGACCGACCUGGAGAUCUAUGAGAAGUACUGUCACAACAAGCCUCGCUCUGAAAGCCUGUGGAGGCAGUGCUCAGACUGCGCCUUCUUCCAGGAGUGUCAGAAAAAGCUGGAGCAUAAACUGGGCUUAGAUUCUUAUCUGCUGAAACCUGUUCAGAGAAUCACCAAAUAUCAGCUGCUACUGAAGGAGAUGCUUAAGUACAGUAAGACCUGUGAAGGGACUGAUGACCUGCAGGAUGCGCUGACCUCCAUCUUGGGAAUCCUCAAGGCUGUCAAUGACUCCAUGCACCUCAUCGCCAUUACAGGAUAUGAGGGUAACAUGAGUGAGCUGGGAAAGCUGCUGAUGCAGGGCUCGUUCAGCGUGUGGACAGAACACAAGAAAGGUCAUGCCAAGGUUAAGGAUCUGGCCCGUUUCAAGCCCAUGCAGAGACACCUCUUCCUCCACGAGAAGGCGCUGCUCUUCUGCAAGAGGAGGGAGGAAAAUGGGGAAGGCUACGAGAAAGCUCCCUCUUAUAGCUUCAAACAGUCUCUCAAUAUGAGUGCUGUGGGCAUUACAGAGAAUGCAAAAGGAGAUAACAAGAAGUUUGAAAUCUGGUGCAACUCCAGAGAAGAGGUCUACAUUGUUCAGGCACCCACAACUGAUGUUAAAACCACCUGGGUAAAUGAGAUUAGGAAGGUUUUGACAACUCAGCUGGAGGCAGCCAGAGCCAGCCAGCAGAGGGCUCCAGAUCAGGUUUUCCAGUUUCCUCCUGGGUCAAGUGGAGUGAAUCUAAGUCCAUUCAAGAGCGGUCAGAAGAGCUUUAAAAAGGGAGAGGAGAAGAAAGCUGAGCCCUGCAGCCCUGAUGCCAAUUCUUCUUCUUCACCAAAACCCAUAGCAAAAGGAUCUCCAACAAGCCCCGAUCACAAGACGAAACGCCAGAGCGAUCCUACGCCAUUUGGGUUCAAAGGCUGGAACAAGGCCUCCCUGUCACUGGAUGCCUCAGAGGAAAAUGAUGGCUAUUCCAGUGCUGAGGAUCCUCUUAACUCUGACCCAGAGGAGGACAAUGGGAAGAAGCUGUGUGCUGGCAAAUAUACAGUAAUGGCCGACUUUGAGAAGGGCAGUGCUCAAGAGCUCUCAGUGAAGAGCGGAGACAUGGUGCAGCUUGUCAAGGAAGGGGAUGAUGGACAGUGGUUUGUGCGUAACCUGAGCUCCUCUACGGAGGGCUGGAUCGCUGCUCCCAAUCUUAUCACCCUGAUUGGAAAGUCCAAAUCUUGCCAAUCUCUCUCCAGCUCAGAGGGCAGUGGCUCUGGAAAUCUCAGCACAUCAUCCAGUUGCAGUGAGACCUACACAAGCUUCUCUGACAUCAAAUCAUGAAAUCCUCUGCACUUCCUCCAUCACCUUCCACCAAACUGCCCCCCCCUGAACGCUAGUAUCAUGUGGCUAUCUGUGCUGUAUUGCCAACAUCAAUACACAUUAGAAUUUCUUUCCACAAAAAUCUGUACUUUUCCUUUUUUUUUAAACUCACAAAUAUGUACCAAAUAUUGAGAUAACGGCAAAUGUUAUAAAUUUGACUGCGGUGCCAUGGUGCGGUGAAGAUACUGAAAAGAUAAACCCAUCACACACAGUCAUUUCACAGUACAGUAAAGUGAUCCUCUAGUCAUACACUCGUCUGUUUAUUUUUAUGAAGAACAGAGGAUCCAUGCGAUAGUAAUAUAAUAGAUGUAUGAAUGGGCCAGCCGGACUGAUCUAAGUUAAUGCAUCUAUCUGUGUUCACAUUAAAAGUGGGGAAGUAUGUGGAUGACGGUCUCCUGCCAACUUCAUCUGCACUAGUUCACCCAGGAGUUAAUCAUCCCACUGUUACUGUAAAUAAGAAAGAUACAGAUAAAUAAAAAUGUACGGCUUGGUUAGCUGUCAUGAAUGUUUUUUCUCAAUUUGUCACAUCUUUGUUCUUUGUUUCUUCCCUUUACAUGUCUUUAUUUAUUUGUAUGAAAUUAAAAAAAGCUCAUGUUCCUUUUAAUCACUUUUUAAUUUUUCUCCAUUUUUCCCUUUUCUUACUGUCUUUUUACUACAUUUCUCAUCCCUAUUCUUGUUGUCUGUCUUCUUGCUUCUCUGUUGUCAGCCUGUCAUUAGAAACCCUGUCCUACCACCUGCUGUUCAGGCUUAGUGUAUGAGCUGUUGUCUUUUGGGGUCUCUGAGAGCCUCGCGGUCUGCUCUUUGUGGGCUUUCAUGUACACUACAAUUUAAAAAUGUUUCUCAAUGUGAAUAAUAAUCAGAGAUCACUGUAUAGCGCUAACUUAUUCCCUGUGGAGGGAUCAUGCUCUGAAUGUAGAUAUUGUUCAUUAAUAUCCGUCAUGAAAUGUUUGUUAUUUGAGAUGCUAUAUUGUACAUUAAGUAUGGUGAUGUCACUACUUGGUGACUUGUCUAUUUUUUUUUUUACAUAAAAGACUUGUGAUA